UUACAACGUUUCGCCUAUUCGAUCGGAGUGCUUUCAAAUCAAGAGAAAAGUAUAAAAUAAAUAUAAAUUUAUUUUGGUUUUCUUUUAAACAAAAAUGUGGUGGUGUAUUUAACAGUUAAUUGAAAAGUUUAAAUAUUUAAAAAAUUAUACAAAAAUUUGUUAACGUUUUUUGGAAAUUAUUUAAAUUUUAAUGGCUCAUUUAAGAAAAUGAAUCAUAUAAAAAGUUUACGCAAAUUUGGAACGAUUUAUCUAUGGAUAUUUGUGGUGAAAGUGUUGCAAGUAUGUGGCAGUAGUAUGAAUGUGAAUGCAAAUGGUGCAAUUGUUGCCCCUGCAUUGUUAAUGAAACCAUAUACAUAUCAAAUAUUUGAUGACUAUACGGAUGAAUUGUUCAAAGAACGUAAUGCUGUUGCAACACCAUUAUGGCAGAUAUGGGAUAAAAACUAUUAUUAUAAACGUUAUCCCCUAAUAACAACAACAACUACAUCAACAGCAAAAACCAAAGGCAACAAAGGAAAUUCUAUGACAUCAGGAGAAAUUACUUUUGAAAAUUUAAAUGAUUUUGAUAGUUAUAAAAUAAAAAAUGCAAUUUGGCCAAAACUAAAGCAUUCAAUAGAAGACAAAGACAUUAAUGACAAACAACGACGUCAUAGUUUACAACAAUUUGUAAUUGUUCAUGGUAAUCAAGGAGAUGGGAAUGUGGGUGACAAACAAGGAUCUUUGUCUAUAGCAAAUAUCCGUUAUAACAAACAAAACGAAAUGCUACCAAUUCUAAUGGAAAAACAUUUUAAAACAAAAGAAAAACAAAAUGUUAGAACAACAAAAAACACAAAACGCACUUACGCCAAUGAAGAUGAUGAUGAUUUGAAGAAGAAUUUAUUUCCUGUAAAGGAUGACAACAUCUCAAAUUAUCAUGUAAACGAUGUAGAAGAAACCAUUGAUGAGGGCAAUACAUCGGCAGAGGAAGACGUUAGCAACGGAAACGGAAAUGAAAAUUUAAAUUAUGCUGACAAUAAUGUUGUAAAUACUAAUUACAAGAUGGCUGAACGUAAUGACAAUGACCAUAAUAGGGAUUCGCAUGACAAACAACAGUCAUACACUCAUGCCAACUAUCUGAUAAGGAAGAGUGUCUUUAAGCCGUAUGAUAAACGUGCUAAACCAUCAAUUGUUCAUACGCCAUUUUUGCCAGCUGUCAGUGGAGGUGCCAUGACAAAUUUGGGUAAAUUUUUUCGCGAUCUUUCCAAAAAUGUCCACGUCAGCGAACAGUAUCAAUGGAAUUCCGAUGAACAAAAACUACUCGAAGGUGAUCCAAAUUUUGGCAAUAUACAACAUCAUCUUACCAAACCUAAUGCAGCAACCGAUCAACAAACUGCAGAAUGGAUUAAAGCCAUACGUUUCUAUAGACCAUCACAGAAGAUACGUUCAUUGGUGGCCAUGAAUCCACAUGGUCAAUGGGAUCAUAGCUCACAGUUUAUAGAUCCCAAUUAUAUGUGGGUGGGUUUGGGUAAAUAACAGAUUACAAAGAGUGGACGAUGUUAAAAAGAUUUUUUUUUGUUUGAACAAUUAAUAAAUUAUUAUUAAUUUUGUUGGUUUGUUUUUAUUUUGUAAAUUAACAACGAAUGCAAUCGAUGUCGUUUUUAUAUAGAUAUAUAAGUAAAAGAAUUAUAAGAAAAAUUUAUGAAAAACCUUUAAAGAACCUCAAAUAUUAAGUUGUGUGCUGUUUUAUGUGGUUUGAUUUUAAAUGUAUAUUUAAUAAAAAUUCUAUAAAUAUAUAUAUUAUGUAGUAUUAACUUAUUAAAGAAUAAAAUGUUCAGAUUAGAGAAAAUAUC